CUAGACUUGGCUACCCUAACUUCCCUAAGAUCGACUAAGAUAUAGUCUCCAGACACUAAGAUAAGUCUAGACACGUCACCGUAAUCGGGGUGGGGCAUGUAUUUGCCCUUCCCCGAUGUUACUCUACCAUCCCACUCCGUACACUAAGACUGCGGACAAAGUACUUCAGAUAGCAUCUUGCCACGAUAAGCACUAACCUGUCGAUCGACAGUAACAGGGAAUCAAAAGGUACAGAAAAGGGCUUAAUUGAGGGGUAAUGUGAACAGGGAUCAGGUACCAGGUCCAAGCUCAACUGAUAAGGGUAUUGUGCUCUAAUAAAAUGGGCAAAUGCCCUGGUAUACCUCCGUAGAAAGGACACCUCUUCUUGUCUCUUGUGAACAUAGCACUUCCAUACUCUCUGAUUAUUUUGACUACUAGCAAUGGCCUCACCACAAACCAUUUACCUCGCCGUCAGUCAGGCACACACCCUCGCCAGCACCCCGGAGACUGUCCAGGCAUUGUCACAGCAAUGUCGGCAAGCAGCCAAGCAGACCCCAUCACCCGACCUGAUUCUCUUUCCGGAAGCUUACAUUGGGGGCUAUCCUCGUGGGGCGACCUUUGGAGCCAAGGUGGGAUCUCGAGACGAUGAAGGCAGAGAACAAUACCUGAACUACUUCAAGGAUGCGGUGGAUCUGGGCGAUACGCCUGAAGGAGCGGGGGAGAAGUGGGUGAGAAGGGAAUUGGAGGGGCAGGACGGGAGUGGAAGUGGAGUCCGAAGGGGCGAUGGAGUCCGCGAGGAGCUGGAACUAGUGGCUCGCGAGACGGGUAUCUUCAUCGUUACUGGAUUGGUUGAGAGGGCUGGAGGGACUCUUUAUUGCGCAGUAGUUUAUGUCUGUCCCAAGUUGGGAGUGAUUGGCAAGCGGAGAAAGGUCAUGCCGACAGGAAGUGAGCGUCUGGUUUGGGGCCAGGGACAGCCCUCUUCGCUCCGUGCGGUGACAACCACCAUCAAAGGCGUGAAACUCACCCUAGCAGCUGCUAUCUGCUGGGAAAACUACAUGCCGCUGUUGAGGCACUCCCUCUACAGCCAGAAUGUCAACCUCUAUCUAGCCCCCACAGCCGAUCAGCGUGACGCAUGGGCCCCGCUCAUGAGAACCAUUGCCUGCGAGGGUAGAUGUUUCGUCCUGAGUGCCAACCAAUGCCACAGGAAGAAGGACCAACCUGCUUGGGUUUAUGGGGAAAAGUCCGAGAGUGAGGAGUUUGCCACCAGAGGGGGUUCUUGCAUUGUAGCUCCGAGUGGUGAUAUGUUGAAAGGACCGCUCUGGGAGGAAGUAGAUGGCAUGAUGAUGGUGGGGGUGGAUUUCGAUGAUUGUCUGAGAUACAGAUUGGACUCGGAUGCUGCUGGAAGUUAUUCGAGAAACGACUCUUUCAAGUUGAUUGUGAAUGGACUUGAUAUCAGUCCUCCUCUUUAGAGGGCAAGUAUGAUACUUAGCUUACUUGAACAAUACACGUCUGUGAUACUCUGUAUUUGCACCCAAAAGACACAUUUGGAUAGCAUGUAAUCUAAUGUAGAAGAUCCAGACUCUACAUUCCACAAAGCACAGUUUCUAUCUAAUCCUGGUGGCUGUUCUAUAUCCGUGUUCCUCGUAACAAACAUCCAGAAUUAGUCUCAACCUCAUACUGCAUAAUACCGAUUACCCUUCUAUCCCCUGCACCAUCAAUCUAUACCUCCCAAGUCUAUAUACCCAACCCACUCAACACUAUACAACGGUAUACGAAACCCGACUAACCCCCUUCGACCUCGAAAUCUUCUUCACCUCAAUCCUCCCAACCAAGCUACAAUCCGUAACAUGUGUCCCUCCGCAAGGAUAACUUCCCAACCCCUCCAUCUCCACAACCCUCCC